UGUCAACUGUGUCAAACUUUGCCCAUUGGGCAGUGCGGUUCACACAGCUAGCCGAGAAGGUUCCGCUGGAUAAUGUUUACUGUUUAAUUUUCCCUGCACGCGCAACGAGACGGGUUCACGGCGAAUCGGCCAAUCGGCACGCCGUGUUGCGAAGGAACAAGCAUUUCCUAUCGCUGGACAAACCAGCUGGCUCAGUCUGCUUGUGAGUGUGUGUUUGGGGCCGGAAACCCCUUCGUUUGAGUAAUUAAAACAUUGAAAAAAGGAAGUUCUGAAGCGUCAUAUAAAACCUCUUAAUUGACAGCAAUGUGCUUGUGCCAUCCACCAUCUGUCAACUGUGUCAAACUUUGCCCAUUGGGCAGUGCGGUUCACACAGCUAGCCGAGAAGGUUCCGCUGGAUAAUGUUUACUGUUUAAUUUUCCCUGCACGCGCAACGAGCAGUGUUGUUAAUUGUCGACAUUUUUUUAUGAUAUUCGCAGUAAGCGGGUGUCAAAAUCAUUUUUUUAUCAUGAUAUUCAUGGUUACCAUGACACGACUUUCCAAAAGCGACAAUCAUUUGUGCAUUAACAAUCAAUGCUUUUGCGAUGACAUGAUUGCAAAAAAUGUAGAAUGAAUGUCAUUUGACAUUUUUCAGUGAAAAUCCAGAACUGCUUAAUCGUGCAUUUACCGAUACUAAGCCAUUAGACCACUUGAUAUUUUCACUCAGUGAACCAGGAAAUGGUGUUCUCUUACAGGAGUAUAGAAAUUCACGCGAAAACACGAAAAAAGGACCCAUUUUCGAUGAAGAUCUAGUUCACUUGAGGUACGGCAAAAUCAAAAAGUCAAAUGAUUGUAGCAGAAAAAAUAUCAUCGUGUCAAAUGAAUUUUUUUUCCGUGAUUGUCGAAUGAAUGCGUGGAUCUAGACUGCGAUGCUUCAAAACGUAUCAUUUUGUAAAAUUUUAUGUCGACGACUAUCACCGUUCACAACACUGGCAACGAGACGGGUUCACGGCGAAUCGGCCAAUCGGCACGCCGUGUUGCGAAGGAACAAGCAUUUCCUAUCGCUGGACAAACCAGCUGGCUCAGUCUGCUUGUGAGUGUGUGUUUGUGGCCGGAAAACACAGCCGCACUGCGGAAUGCAAAGAAGUUGGGUUAAGGAUUAGGGGAGUUGUGUGUGUUUUUGUCUGUGCUGAAUUCGAAAAGUGAAGGUGGAAACCGUAAACCGUGCUCCGGCAAACGGUGUAAGGGCCAAGCGAAUCGUUAAUUGGAAGCCUUUAGUGAGUGUGUGCGGCACUAGGCAGUUCGUUCGUUCAACACACAUACACGAAACAGUGUGCACCGCCUGCUACAGUAAACGUGCAAAGGCUGUGAAUUUGUGAAUUGCAAGCGAAAAACGAGAAUUGUGUUGAGUGCUUGUGUGCGGGCAACCAGGUCGCUACUUGGCGCAGUCCUUCCUCUCCGUCCCCUGUCCCUGUGUGACAAAAAAUUGCGUGAAGUGUGAAUUCAAAAUUCCUCUAGCAGCAGCAGCAGCAGCAUGUCGCCCGCAUUCCUGGCGGUUAUCGCCGUCAUACUCUGCAUACUGUUCCGGAUACUGAACGUCAGCAGCACGCCACAGAUCCCCAGCAUCGUCUGCAAAGAUGGCCAGUUCAUGGAGUGCUUCAACAAGAUUGCCCCGAUGCUACGGGAACCGUACAUUCCCACCCGGUUGUGGGGUUUUAGCGGACACAUCCAGACAAUCAUUCACAGUAUCGUGGGGCGCGUCAAAUGUCCGUGGCCGCUGGGCGAACGGGUCUACCUAGCGCUGACGGACGGGUCCACGCUAACGUACGAUCUUUACCAGCCGCUAAUUACGACGGUUGAAGACGACAUUACCGUGGCCAUCUGUCCGGGCAUUGGCAACUCGUCCGAGUCGGUGUACAUCCGCACGUUCGUGCACUACGCCCAGUGCCACGGGUACCGGUGUGCGGUGCUGAAUCAUAUCGGCGUCCUCGACAGCGUGCAGGUGACAUCGAGCCGAAUCUUCACCUACGGCCACACGGACGAUUACUCGGCGAUGAUAAACAGCCUGCUGAAGAAGUACCCGACGACGAACAUCGUCUCGGUUGGCUUUUCGCUCGGCGGCAACCUCAUCUCCAAGUAUCUCGGCGAGGCGAAGCGGCCGGCCAACAUCAUCGGUGGCGUCUCGAUCUGCCAGGGCUACAAUGCGGUGGUUGCCACCCAGUGGCUGCUGAAGUGGCAAAACUUCCACCGGUUCUACCUGUACGUGCUGACGGAGAACGUGAAGAGCAUCAUCAUGAAGCACCGGCACGUACUGCUGUCGGACGACAUCAAGCAGCGGUAUCAGCUGAACGAGCGCGACAUUGCCGCGGCCGCCACGCUGCCCGAGCUGGACGAGGCGUACACGCGCCGGGUGCACCAGUUCCCGACGGUGAAGGACAUGUACAGCUGGAGCUCGUCGCUCAACUAUCUCGCCAACAUCCAGCGCCCGAUGGUGUUUGUGAACGCGCGGGACGAUCCGCUCGUGCCGGACAAUUUGCUCGAACCGGUCAAACAGUUUGCAUCUGCCCACAACCAAACGAUGUACGUCGAGCUGGCGAACGGUGGCCAUCUCGGCUUCUACGAGGGUGGGCUGGUCUACCCGAACCCGGUCACCUGGCUCGACCGGGCGGUCGUGUCACUGAUCGGCGGUAUCGUGAUGUCGCACAACGAUUUGCUGGUGGCGAAGCGGACGGCCUCCUCCUCGAUGGUGAUUUAAGAUUCGCUAGCACCAUUCCCUUCGUUCGGUGCCGGUGCCGGCGGCCCAGCCCAGCUGCUCGACUACGGUAGGGCCCGGUGGGGGCUGCUGUUUGCCGUCCUGCCCUCAGCUGCCCCCUCGGUGCGCGGUGUCACUGUGGCCGUGCUGAAGCUGCUCCUCUCGCUGUUCGUCUCGAAGCCGCGGGUCGAAUUUACAGCCGAUACACCGACGUAAAACCCGCGUACGAGCAAACAUCAGAGAGAACGGCUCUAAUGAGCGUCCACGGGGCCAACUGGUGCAUGCCGGGAUGGUAUACACGAAUGGGAAUGGUCGAACGAAUGGAUACAAAUUACCGCAAAAAUGGCUUCUGAAGCAAUAGGAAGCACAGAGCACAAAUUAUUAUACCUACUAAACCAACCAACCACCUUAAAGCAGCAUCAUAUCCCGCGUGGAGUGGUUGGGAAUGGAAUUGAGAGGGCGCUGCGUGUGUGUGGGUGUGUGUAUGCAUGAAUGCAUUAACUUCAACAAUACAAGCAGUAUAUCAAGCGCGCAUUAACGUUACAGCAGGAGGAAGGAACGCUCUUGUGUUCUGCUGGCGCUGGCACACGGGAUGCGCGCGAUACACCACGUCCCGGUUUUCGAAUAUAUAUACACUAUAUACUAUACUGCUCAUAUUUCCCCCUUUAACCCCGCCCUAGGGUAUAACUAGUUAAGAUAAGUAUCACUCCCCCCAUGUAUUCUCUGUCCAGUGUGUGCAUCGCUCUGUUUGUUUAAUUUUCUUGAUCCCCCUACAUCUUACACGUGCUUUUGUUUUUUUCUUUACCCGUCCAUCGUGGAUGUCAAUAUCGCGCUAAUGCUAAAAUAUCGCUAGAUGAAACACUGUGCACACGUGCACACUCCUCUACGUUUUAAUCGCGACAUACAGAUCGAUGCCUCCAAACGUGUGUCCUGCUGCGAGUAUUAACGCUAAAUAUGUUUUAACGCAAAAGUGCAGGGAAAGAGAGGCUCACUACUCUACGUGUGUGUGUGUAUGUGUGUUCUCGUAUUUAAUCGAUGUGUACUCCUCAUAAUUGAGCAACAUGGUAUGGGGUGGUGCAUACGCCAAGAGACACGGGACACGGGACGCGGGACGAUAUGAUGAUAAAUCAUGAACAAGUGUAACAACGUUUGCUUAAACGUUUUCGGAAUUCCGAAUCAAAAGUAAAAAAAACACCAACAUGUGUUUGUUGCGGUGUGUGUGUAUGUGUAUGCGUAUGUGCUGCACACGAGGAGCCGAGUGAGGGAGUGCCGCAUGGCUGGCGAUCCCAAUUUUUACUCUAGGAGGAUAGCUCGUAAAAUAAUAUAUUGUAUAUUGUGAUAGAUGUUAUUUAAAAAAACAAAAUUGCUGUUGCAACAUUCAGAAAGAGAAAGGGCAAAGUAAAGCGUCUCUAACCGCAAAAAAUACAAAGGAUAAACUAAAGUUAUCAAAAAUAAGGUCAGAUAAGGGGAAGAGAAAAAGCAGCCAAAAACGUGCUUGCCGGUGCCGGUAACGGUAACGUUGAGUGCGCGGCGCAUUUGCGUAGUCAGUUUUUGUGCUAUUGUUGCCUGUUGUGUAGGUAAUGGAGUUUUUUUGUUUUAACGUCCACAGUUUUAGGUCACCAAAUAGUGUGUAGGUCAGCGGCGCAAGAAGAUGCAAAUUUCGCUAGGAAUCGGGAACGGUUUCAUCAUCAUCACGCGUACUUAGGGUGUGUGUUUUUGGUGCAUUAUUGCGCAAGGUUUCUGCUUGUAGUCGAACCCCCCGCCGAAUAAGCUGAAGGUGAUAUGAUGGCAUGCUAAAUCACUGACUGAUUGCUUAGAGUUUGAGAAGAAGUGGUGGUGCGUGUGUGUUUGUAAUCCUCUUUAGGCAUGUUAUUCCUAAGAAUUGCUAGUUUCUCCUCAAGCGUACGUACUGCUCAAAAACUGCUUCUGAAUGAACGAAUUUCUCGAUUAAAUUAUUGAUUAGUUAGUUGCGACAAAAAGGGUGAAGCGAAGAUUGAAACAAUAACAAAAGGACAGAGUUCGGAACAACAAGGAACAUUCCAAACUACCCAAAACAAAUCGAAGAAAAAUAAUUAUCAUACGGAUUUUUACCCAGAUUUCAUCUCCAAACUGCCUUUUAUGGACGAGAGAAGAUAUCCCCUCGACGUUUAUAUCAACUCCUUCCGCGCUCUUGUGUGAGUUUUUCUGAGCUACUAUUGUGCUUACUUACGUAAAAAGUGUUUUACGCUGCACUUACCUUACGAUAGUAUACGGCGUAAAAAGCGGCCGUAAGCGAAAAGGUGUGAGAUGGUGUGUAUUUUCGUACAAUAAACAUAGGCAGACAGACGACUUGUUGAAAUGUUUGUUAUAGGCAAGGGAAAAUAGGCGCAAGGUGCGUGACAACAAAUACAGGACAAAAAUUAAACCGAAGAUCGAAGUUUUACCCCCCUAUUGGCUCUAGAGCGUGCGGUUGGACAUUUUGGAUCGAUAUAGCACUCGUGCCCGCGUGUUCCAGUGGGACAGUAAGAUCGGGGACGAAGCAAAAAAUGGUGGCAACAAAGCUGGAACUGCUCUUACUGAAUAAAAUAUUGAUUGUGUAAA